AUGCAAGAAUCACAUCAGCGUCUGCUCGAACAAGCCAAGGCUGCUCCGGAUGAUUUCUCGCGAGAGGCCGCUAUUUUGAGCUCCAAGCCUGACUGGCAGUCGCUCGAGAACGCUGGUCAGAUCCCUAAGGGUUCCGCCCAGUGGUUGAAUCAGAUUCACGGUACUUCUAGCAGUGCAGUGGUGACUCUCGCCCAGCGUAACGAGGAGGUCAUCAGCGGCCUUCUUUCCGUUCUCAAGAGCGUCGAGGACAUGCAUGCUGUUCAGUACGCCUUCACCGUCAUCUAUGAGGCAACUCGUUAUGACUCUUCCUUUUGGAAUCUCCUUGUCGGCUUCGCUAGGAAGAACGACAUCAUGCUUCCCUUCACUCGUUUUUUGAGCUCUGAUCGUGCUGCAGAGGAUUCCUAUUCCAGUGAUAAGGCUCUCUACGUCUUAACAAACAUCAUGAGUCACGACGGUGGUCGGAGGUUCAAUCCCCAGGAGGCCAAGAUGAUUGCUGAUUCCGUUGCUGAUGACAAGAACAUGAAGUUCAAGGGUGUCAGCGACUUGGGACGUCUUGAUGGUUUCUGCAACCUCCUCAAGUUUGAUGGAUUCCGUGCUGUUGUCUGGAACAACAGGAAGGUCCAGAGGUGCAUCAUGAACGCUAUCUCGGGCGUUGAAUCGUCGGACCCACUGGUCUUGUAUCGCGGUGUAUUCUGCGUAUGGUGCGUCAGCUUUAAUAAGGAGCUCGUCUCCACCUCAGUCGCCGAUAUGGGUGAUGACCUCGUGCAGGCCCUUCUUUCGGUUGUUGCUAACUGCCGUGUCGAGAAGGUCAUCCGCAUGACUCUUGCUGUGUUGUCCAACUUCUUGGGUGACGACAAGAUGUGCACUGCCAUUGUGGAGAGCGGCAUCAUCCACUAUGUGCAGAAUUUGGAGUACGAGAAGUGGCGCGAUCAGGAGCUCUAUGAGGACGUCCGCAAGGUCGCUGCUAUGAUUGCCAGCGAGAUCAGCACCCAUACCAAUUUCGAGCGUUACGAGAGGGAGCUCCGAACCAACAAGCUUCGUUGGGGUUUCAUCCACUCGGAGAAGUUCUGGCUCGAGAACGCUGAGAAGUUCGACAGGGAGCAGUUCGCUGCUGUGAAGGCUCUCGUUGCUCUCCUCAAGUCCGACUCCGCUGACGACACUACCAAGGCUGUUGCCUGCCAUGAUAUUGGCGAAUUUGCCCGCGUGUACCCCACUGGCAAACAGGUGUUGAACCGUCUCAGUGCCAAACCGGCCGUUAUGGCUCUUAUGACCAGCAAGGACCGCGAUGUCGCUCGCGAGGCUCUUCUUGCCACUCAGAAGCUUAUGUUGAACAAGUGGCAGGCACUUCAACAGGGCGCCCUGUAA